AUGAUUUCCAUAGGAGGCAUCAUUGGCACUGGUUUAUUUAUUGGUAUUCGACAGACAUUAACCAAUGGUCCAAUAAUUAGCAUAAUUUCAUACAUGUACAUUAGCAUGCUAUGCUACUAUAUAAUCACCGCCGUGGGGGAAAUGUCGUGCUUUAUGCCGCUCAAUGGAUCGUUAUGUCAAUUUCAAUUCAAAUUCAUUUCCAAUCCUGUGGGAAUAAUGAAUAAUUUCGUGUAUUGGAUAAGUUGGUCAGUUACACUUGGAUUAGAAUUGAGUUUGAUUUAUGAAUUGCUUUGUCAAUUGAUAAUAUCAAUGGAUCUGAUGCCACUGCUGCUGAUGAGUUCAAUGGCUGCUUCAUGGCUUGGUGAUAAAUCAAGUGUGAUUGCCGUAACGUGGUUGGCUUUAACUAGUGCUAAUUUAUUUCCGGUAAAUUAUUAUGGAGAAGUUGAGUUUAUGGUGACAAUUAUCAAAGUCGGGUUUAUGGUUACUUGGAUUGGAUUGAGCAUAUGGUUGGUGUUUACCGGGGUUGGUUUCACAAAUUGGUUAAAUUUCGAAUUGAUUUGGGGGAUCAAUACUAUUGAAGUUGUGAAUAGCCCCGUAUUAAACAAAUUGGUCAACAUCCUUUCAUCAUCGAUUGUAUCUUCAUGUUUUACAUUCCAAUCAAUAGAAUCAGUGGGGAUUUGCUCGGGGGAGAUUGAAAAUAUUGGGCAAAAUUUACCUAAAGCCAUCAAGUAUAUUGUUAUGAGAAUCUUGGUGUUUUAUAUUGGAUCAUUGAUUUUGCUCACAUUGAUGAUUCCCAGCAAUGAUCCACAAUUGGUUAGCAACAACAACAAUGAUAGUUCAUCAAACAUGUUGAUGUCGUCACCAUUUGUUGUUGGGUUGAUCAAUUGUGGAAUUGGCAAUGGAUCAUACUUGAUUCAAAUUGUCAAUUUUGUCAUUUUGACAUCAAUGAUAUCGGCAGCCAAUUCAAACAUUUAUUUCGGAUCACGAUGUUUAAUUUCUAUGAUUGAAGAAGGAUAUUUUUGGCGUGUGUUUGGUAAAACCAUUAUGAAUAGCGGUGUGCCAGUGUAUGCCAUCUUGUUAACAUCAUUUAUUGGAUUGGUGAUUGCUCUACUAUCUAAUUUCAAGAGUGCUGGGAUUUUUUUGACCUUGUUGAUCAAUUUAUCAGCAACUUCAGGUUUGCUCAUGUGGUUAUUCAUUCUGAUAAGUUAUCUCCGGUUUAGAAAGGCUUUGGAAUACAACAAUAUCAAUCAUGGUGAUCUUGUAUAUACAUCACUGUUUUGUUGUUUUCCCAUGAAGCAAAGCUCCUGGAUAAGUAUAGUGAGCAUUGUUGGUAUUAUCUUGAGUAAUGGAAUAGUUAAUAUUUGGCAAUUUAGCUGGGAUUCAUUUGCCAGUUGUUAUUUAACCCUGAUUGUCGUUGUGGUGGGAGUAUUAUAUUUCAGUUUCAAGUGGGAUGAACCGGUGUUGAGAUCAGUAGAUGAGAUUGAUAUAUUUACUAAUCAAUCAUCAAAUGCAUUCUAA